GAAGCUUCUUUAAUUAAAUGUACCAUGUGGAGUAUUCCUCGUUUACCGGUAUUCUCAAGGGAUGGUGACGUUGUUAUUGGAGGUGUUUUCUCCAUCCACUACAAACUGAACACAGUGACCAACAACUACACCACCAAGCCUGAGCCUCUAAGAUGCGCAGGCAGCCGUCUUGUCCCACAACUGCAUUUCUCUCGCACAAUGAUCUUUGCCCUCGAGGAGAUAAACAACAGCACAGAGCUGCUGCCGGGCAUCAGACUUGGAUAUCAGAUCUAUGACUCGUGUGCUUCAGUGCCUGCAACUGUGGACAUAGCUUUUCAAUUAUCAAAUGGCAACGACCCUGUGUUUUACAAAGACAGCAACUGUUCCCAGUCCGGUGUUGUGAUGGCUGUCAUCGGAGAAUCCGGAUCAACACCAUCUAUCAGCAUGGCACGAAUUUUGGGUUCUUUUCAAAUUCCUCAGGUGAGCCACUCUGCCUCUUGUGCCUGCCUGUCAGAUAAGAAGCAGUUUCCCACUUUUUUCAGAACAAUUCCCAGUGAUCAGUUCCAGGCUGAUGCUCUGGCCAAUCUGGUGAAACGCUUUGGCUGGACUUGGAUAGGUGCUGUUCACUCAGACUCAGAUUAUGGAAAUUACGGCAUGGCGUCUUUUCUUGUUGCCGCGCAGAAAGAGGGGAUCUGUGUGGAGUACAGAGAAUCCUUCUAUAGGACUGACCCACUUAACAAGAUCCAGAAAGUAGCAGAUGUUAUUCGCAGGUCGACAGCAAAGGUUGUUGUGUCAUUUGCAGAUUCUGCAGAUAUGAAGUUCCUGUUAGAGGAGCUGGCUCGAGAUCCUUCACCACCUCGUCAGUGGAUCGGAAGUGAGGGCUGGGUAAAUCACCCACAGCUGAUGAGCUUUAGUUUCUGUGCAGGGGCUGUUGGAGUUACCCUUCCGCAAUUUUUCAUCCCAGGGCUGGAAGAUUUUUUGCUUGAUCUCUCUCCCAGUGAAGUAGCUGCUUCCUCAGUGCUCACUGAGUUCUGGGAAGAUGCAUUCAACUGCACACUGACAAAAAGGCCUGAAUCAGACAGAAGAGUGUGUGAUGGAACUGAAGACCUAAAAACGCUCAAAAACUCAUACACUGACAUAUCUAAGUUAAGAAUGAUUAACAUGGUGUACAGAGCGGUUUAUGCAAUAGCUCAUGCCAUUAACAAUGCAGUGUGUAAGGUGACAAAUUUCACCACUCAUUGUGAUAAAAACUUCAGAUUAGAAUCCAAACUGGUUUUAUCUCAACUAAAAACAGUCAACUUUUCUCAUAAUGGUUAUCCUGUGUCAUUUGAUGCUAAUGGGGAUCCUGUGGCCUUUUAUGAACUGGUCAAUUGGCAGAAGAGUGAGAGUGGAGUUAUUGAAGCGGUGACAGUAGGAUACUAUGAUGCAUCACUGCAUGAAGGCCAGGAGUUUCAGAUCGACAGAAACAUAACCUGGGUGGAGGGUGGAACACAAGUUCCCGUAUCAGUGUGCACUGAUUAUUGUCCUCCAGGAACUCAUAAAGUGUUGCAGAAAGGAAAACCCAUCUGCUGCUAUGAUUGUAUACCAUGUCCUGAAGGAGAGAUCAGUAAUACAACAGAUUCUCCUGAUUGCUUUCCAUGUCUAAGUGAAUUCUGGCCUAAUGCAAAAAGAGAUGCUUGUUUACCAAAACCUGUGGAGUUUCUGUCCUUUGAUGAAGUUCUGUCAAUCAUCCUGGCUGCAUUCUCUGUUUUUGGGGCCUGUCUGGCCAUCAUAACAGCAGUUAUUUUCUUUCAUAACAGAACAACUCCAGUUGUCAGAGCCAACAACUCUGAGCUGAGUUUCCUGCUGCUCUUCUCUCUGACUCUGUGUUUUUUAUGUUCAUUAACUUUCAUUGGAGCUCCCUCUAAGUGGUCCUGCAUGCUGCGGCACACAGCUUUUGGGAUCACCUUUGUUCUCUGUAUCUCCUGUGUUCUUGGAAAAACUGUAGUGGUUUUAAUGGCCUUCAAAGCUACACUUCCAGGUAGUAAUGUCAUGAAAUGGUUUGGGCCUCCACAGCAAAGGAUGACUGUAGCAUCUCUGGCAUGUGUUCAAGUUUUAAUUUGUACUGUUUGGUUGGUACUAAGCCCUCCUUUCCCAAUGAAAAAUCUGACUACAUACAAGGAGAAGAUCAUCCUGGAAUGUGCAUUAGGCUCUGCUGUUGGCUUCUGGGCUGUGCUCGGGUACAUUGGUCUGCUGGCUGUUUUUUGCUUUGUGUUAGCUGUUCUAGCUCGCAAACUACCUGAUAAUUUUAAUGAAGCCAAACUGAUAACCUUCAGCAUGCUGAUCUUCUGUGCAGUGUGGAUCACCUUCAUCCCAGCAUAUGUCAGCUCUCCUGGAAAGUUUACUGUGGCUGUGGAGAUAUUUGCCAUUCUGGCCUCCAGUUUUGGACUGAUACUGUGCAUAUUUGCUCCAAAGUGUUUCAUCAUAAUUUUUCAGCCCGUGAAGAACUCCAAGAAAUAUUUAAUGAACAAAAAUUAA